UGCAGCUGAUGCAGGACUCAUGCUGCUUUGGUCCCCAGAGUCUAUAUAUAGUUGAACACUUGAGGCGCUGAAAUCCACCGUCCAUCUAGGAGAGUCAUAAGCAUACCCAAAAAACAACCCAGAGGGCCCCAAAACAUGGGAUUAGAAGCCACCUUGCUCACCAACUCCAACAGCGGCGAGGCUCCUCUGAUCCUCGGACUUCAAGCCGCCGCCCUCGUCGACCACGUGGCUCGCGUCGACCGGUCCUUGCUCGACCAACUCCCCGGCGAGCGCGGUGGCUCCACCCCCGUUGGAAUUGAGGAGCUUGAGCAUAUAUUGAGAGAGGUGAAGACCCAUGGUAUAUCAUCCCCUGAUGAAUCUUUGCCUAUGAAAACUAUGGCCGGUGGAAGUGUGGCCAAUACUAUUAGAGGGUUGAGUGCAGGGUUUGGAAUCUCUUGUGGGAUCAUUGGUGCAUGUGGUGAUGAUGAGCAAGGCCAGCUGUUUGUUAGUAACAUGAACUCUCAUGAUGUGAACCUUGAGAGGUUGAGGAUGAAGAAGGGACCCACAGCUCAGUGUGUUUGCUUGGUUGAUGCGUCAGGCAAUCGGACAAUGCGUCCAUGUCUAUCUAGUGCGGUGAAACUUCACCCAAAGGAGGAUGACUUGACAAGAGCGGAUUUUAAAGGAUGCAAGUGGUUGUUGCUGAGGUACGGCAUAUUUAACAUAGAAGUGAUUCAGGCAGCUAUACAGGUCGCCAAGAAAGAAGGUCUUCUUGUGUCCUUGGAUUUGGCCAGCUUUGAGAUGGUUCGCAACUAUAAAUCACCUCUUGUACAGUUGCUGGAGUCAGGUAAUAUAGACCUCUGCUUUGCCAAUGAGGAUGAAGCAACGGAGCUGCUAAGAGGUUGUAAUGGUGACCAAGAUGCUGAUCCUGUGGCUGCACUCGAAUUUUUGGGGAAACACUGCCGGUGGGCAGUGGUAACAUUAGGCAGUAAUGGAUGCAUUGCAAAGCACGGAAAAGAGAUUGUGAGAGUUCCAGCCAUUGGGACAGCCAAUGCAGUAGAUGCCACCGGAGCAGGUGACUUGUUUGCCGGUGGGUUUUUGUACGGAUUGGUGAAGGGAUUAUCUCUAGAGGACUGCUGCAAAGUUGGCUCGUGCAGUGGGGGAACUGUUAUUCGUUCUCUUGGCGGUGAGGUGCCACCUGAGAGUUGGCAAUGGAUGUACAAGCAGAUGCAGAUCAAGGGCCUCCCUCUUCCGGACAUCCAACAAUAAUCUUAUUUACAAGAGAGAUUGUUUUUUCAGACCAUGACUAUUAAAAAUAUCUAUUCAAAGCAAAGAGCGGAUGUGGUUGCAUUUGGCUCAGAUUUAGAGUUGGGAGCACUCCUAUUCUCGGAGUAGCUUUCCAUUUUGUUGUUUGACGUAAUUAUGUUCGUUUACAAGUAUCUGUUCAGUAAUUCAGAAGUCCAGUCAUUCUCAAUUCUCAC